AUGGCACACACCACGACCACGAGUGCGACUAGCACCAGCACCGCGAGCACCGCCAGCACCGCCAGCAAUGCUAGCAAUGCUAGCACUUCUACCGCUACCCCCGCCACAAAACCGGUCAGCAAAACCGAGCCGGUGGAAGAGAAAGAAAAGCCAAAGCCAAAGGAAGGCCCUCCGACAUUGGCCGACUUUGGAGACCGGAUGGACCAGGCCACCUUUGAGCAGAUUCUCGAGAUGGACGACGAAGACGACAAAGAUUUUAGUCGAGGCAUUGUAUUUGGGUUUUUCGACCAGGCCGAUACCACGUUUGAACAGAUGGAGACAGCAAUAAAAGAUAAAGACCUCCUGACGUUGUCCCAACUGGGACACUUCCUCAAGGGCUCAUCGGCAACGUUGGGCCUGAACAAGGUGCGGGAUGCAUGCGAAAAGAUCCAGCACUUUGGCGCGGGCAAGGACGAGACGGGCUCAACGGACGAGCCGGACGAUGAGAAGUCGCUAGGCAAGAUCAAGGAGACCCUGAAGGAUGUCAAGGAGGACUACAAGGACGUGGCGGGUCUUUUGAGGCGGUUUUACGGGGAGGAGGAGUAA